CCACGGAUUAUUCUUCUGGGGGUAUCUCUCACGGCGUAUCAACAACAGGUUAUCAAGGAUACUGUCACGAGACUGAAUCUCGAUCCCGGAUGGAGGGCUGUUACGAUCGCUACGCUACCCCUAGCUACAGCACGCCAGCUGCAGCUUCAGUAAUGCCUCAGCGAGCUCAAGACAGUUUGACAGAUCCUUCCAAAGAUCCUGGCGGCGAUAUGAGUACUCAACGUUGCGCAAUCAUCGAUAACAUGUCUCUGCAAGCUCUAUGUCCACCUUCAGCAGGACGCCCGGGUAGUGACAGACUCCACCUCCCUCCGCCAGCAGCCUCAGCUGCUCCUUCAAUUGCGUCCUUCUCGCAAAGCUUCGGCUUCACCUCUGGCUACUCUGCUCAACCACCUGUAUACACAGCUCCUAUAACUGUAACCCAUCAAGAGUCUUACAGCAGACAUCAAAAUUAUGGAUAUGCAGGUGCUCCUCCAACCGGAUUACCACCACAUGGCCCUAGGGCCGAUAUGAGUACCCAAGGCCAAGCCUUCGUACCGGAAUCAUCAGUACAGUAUGCAGAUUUUACGACAGGCAGGAACUCUGACUACUCAUCGCGAUCUGAGCCAUCAAGUGGCUACCAUUUCUCCACAUCGAAUAGUCCUCUGACGACUUCACUUACUGCAGUGCACAACCAUCCCCUGCUCGGUACUGGCCGCGAAUACUAUCCGGUAUCAGAAGCACCCGCAACGUAUACACAAGUCGAUCAAGAGCACGAUAUGGCUUACAAGUACUCUCGAAACCAUAGUACUCAUCCCCAAUCGCGUCCAACAUUGUAGGUAGCGUGGUAUGCUUACAGAGGUAUUAUAAACCUCCAUCCAGCACAUAUUGCCCCAUCAAGGCUGUCUCCAGACUCCCACUUGGACAUUCACGGGAUUCCACUAUCAAAGCAGCCUUGGA